AAGGAAUGCCUGAGGUUUUGCUCAUCCCAUGAGAUCUACAGCCAGUGUGGGUGCAUGGAACUGGGUUACCUCAAGCAAUUCACCAUCCAUGGAAUGGCUAUGAACAAUGUCCCCUACUGCAUGAUGGCUGUGAAAAACUCCACUGAUGCCAUUUGUGUUGGUGCUGUGAAGCAAAAGCGCCUAAAUGACACUUCACAUGAUUUCCAGUGCUCUUGCAAACCUGCUUGCUCGUAUGAAUAUACUGCUGCAAAGUUUUCUGUGCAUGAGAUCAUCAUUGGACAAAACUGGGAAACUGUAAGGAGGACUUACCUCAAGCUCAACAUUUAUUUUGCUGCCUUUGACUCAGUCAUGGCCAGAGAAGAAGCCCAAUACUCAGUGUUCUCCUUGGCUGGUAACUUUGGUGGAGCUGCAAGCCUGAUGCUGGGUUUGUCUGGAGUGACCAUCCUGGAAGUGUUCACCCUCUUAUGGGAUAUUGGGUUUCACAUGGUGACCAAUAGAGGCAACAAGUCCAACACAAGCACCACCAGUUUUGACUACAACACCAGGAUGCCUGCUGGAGCAGGACAUGCAUGGGGUGGACCACAGAUGGUUCACCCUGCUUUGAAACAACCUGCCAUGGCUACUUGA